AAGGAAUAAGAAGAAGAAGAAUCGAUGGAAAUGAUGAAGGUUGAAACAAUCACUAAAGAAAUCGUAAAACCAUCUUCCACAACUCCUCUUGAUCUCAAAACUCUCCAACUAUCUAUUUAUGAUCACAUCCUCCCUCCCAUUUACACAGUCGCCUUUCUCUUUUACACCAAAGAUGAUUCGAUCUCACGAGAACACACUUCCCAAAAACUCAAGACUUCGAUGUCCCAAACCUUGACCAAACUCUACCCUCUCGCCGGAAGAAUUAACGGAGUCACCGUAGAGUGUAACGACGAAGGAGCUAUCUUCGUUGAUGCUUAUGUCAAUAACUACACUCUCUCUGAUUUUCUCACACCCCCAGAUUUCAAAGCCCUCCAACAGUUGCUUCCUCUAGAUGUUGUAGGCAACCCGUGCGAGGCUGCUGCUACAUGGCCUCUCCUGCUUGUAAAGGCCACUUACUUUCAAUGCGGUGGCAUGGCCAUCGGAGUCUGCAUCUCUCACAAAAUAGCCGACGCAGCCUCCAUCUCCACUUUCAUAAAAACUUGGUCUGCCACAGCUCGAAGAGAGGCCGAUGCAGCCGUGGCGUGUCCCGAGUUUGUCUCUACAAAUUUCUACCCACCAGCCAAUGAGGCCUUUAAGGUUCCAGUUGACGAGAAAGCCAACAAGAGACGCAGCAUCACGAAGAGAUUCGUGUUCGCUGCGUCUAAGUUGGAUGAGCUCAGGACCAAAGCCGCUAGUGUAGACUCUGUAUCCCCACCUACGCGGGUGGUGAGCGUCACUGCCCUUCUCUGGAAGUGUUUCGUCGCUGCUGCAUCCUCAAAGACAGAUAAUUGUGAUUUAAAACUGUUGAUCCAACCCUUUAACUUGCGCCGCAAGAUACCUUCCCUUCUGCCAGAAAGCCUAAUGGGAAAUGUCAUCUUCUGUUCAGUGGUCUUGAGUAGUGAUGGAGAACGGGAAGUGAAAAUUGAAGAGGCAGUUAGAGACUUGAGAAAAAAGGGGGAGGACUUACAAAUUGUGAUCCAAGACGAGGAUGAGUCAUGUUCGAUGAUCGGUUCUAAACUAGCAAAUUUGAUGCUUAGUAAUUAUUCGAGGAUGAGCUAUGAGACUCAUGAACCCUACACCGUGAGUAGCUGGUGCAAAUUACCACUUUACGAAGCCAAUUUUGGAUGGGGAUCUCCGGUUUGGGUUGCGGGAAAUGUAUCUCCCGCUUUCGACAACUUAGCCGUGUUGAUCGAUUCCAAAGACGGACAAGGAAUUGAAGCGUUGGUCACACUGCCCGAAGAAAACAUGUCGUCCUUCGAGCAAGACCCAGAGCUGCUCGCCUUUGCUGUCAUGAAUCCUAAUGUCUUGGUUUAAAUUCUGCAAUAAUUUAUAUCAAACCGUUGUUUCCUUGAUCAAUAUUUGGGUAUAUCGAAUCGGUGUACUAUAUAUCAAAUAAACAAAUGUGACUUGUAAGAAAAUCAUGUAAGCUUUCAUUA